CACCCGCCCCCCCAACCCUACCCUUCACUCAGACGCCAGUGAACUAAUCCACCUCGGCUGUACUGUGCUGUUAUACUUGGAGGAACUAACUUGCUGGCAAUGUCUGGAGUCCGGCCUUCCCCCACAUUUUCGCAGCUAACCAUCUGAAAAGCCUGCAGUCUCCAAUGGUUCUACUCAGUAUAGGAUGGGACUUACGUUGAGUGGAGCGUACCUUGCACUUAUUCUCGCUGUUCAGCUCGCUUAUCUGUUCCAUACUGUGCGAGCAGCCGGCAAGUGCGAUGCAGUGUUUAAAGGGUUCUCGGAUUGCUUGCUGAAGCUGGGAGACAACGUCGCGAACUACCAGCAAGAUAUGGACGACAAGCAGAAUGUUGAAACCAUCUGCUCAUACUGGAACGACUUCCACGCAUGCGCCACGACUGCCAUCGCGGAUUGUCAAGAUGGAGCAACUGAUGUUUGGGAAAAACUCAAAAAAGAUUCCAAAAACCUGGAUUUCGAAGGCAGUUUGUUUGACCUGUGCGAAAGGAAUAACUCUGCAAUAAGCCCCCAGUGUUUCACCUUCGCCGUUUUAACAUUGUCCGUCUUACUGACCUGGAUCCUACUCUAGAGACAUCACACACAACAAAAAACAAACAGCAUUUUUGCAAACACACGCCGCCCACCCGCCCAUGUAGCGUGUGUGGAAAUGUUGCAAAAAAAAUCAUUUCAGAAUGACAGGACCUUGUGAUUCAUCAGUGACCCAGAAGGUAUUUGCCAGGAGUGGAAACUGUCUCAUGUCUCUUUUCUUUUAGAUUGUUCUUAUUUCGUUUCUUUUCCAUUUAAACACACAAGCGGUUUUGUUUUUGUGUCAUUUGCCAAAAUGUUACCGAGGAGCGUCAACCUUCUUUGAAAACAGCAAAACAAAAACUGCACCGAGAACCUAACUCAACAAGAGGAUAUCUCCAACCAGAUGCAGACCAGAACCCCAGAGUUCGGUUCAAAACUCAGGAACGGCCUUUGGGCCAAAGGUUAAAGUUGUUGUCGGCCCUUCUGAGGAUCAGAGAGAGAGAGAGAGAGCAAAAGGCUGGCCACUCUAUUGUGUGAAUCUUGGUGAAUGAACACCUUCGCUGUAUUUCUUACUGCCACCAUCUCUGUCACUUUGGACACGUCGAACGAUGAAUGGGAAAGGAAAAUCAGCCGCUGCAAAUUUUACAUCCUGGAAAAAGGCUGGAGAUUUCGGGGUAGUCUGACUUUCAGUUUGAGCAUGUUUUAAAAAGGUGAUUGUUGAAGGAGUUUUUUUUAUUUUUGCUUACUGCGCGGAAUGAGGAAGGUUUAUCUGUGGAGGAGAGUGGUAUAAUAAUCAAUGUUUCAUGGUUAGUUCUGCAGGCAGUAAAACAGCGUUACCAAGGCGACAGCCAAAGCAUGGAGUUUAAAGACCAGCUUCAGGUGGGAGAGUUAAGCGAUGGGCCAGAGAGACAUAAAGCAAUACAUUGAUAGGGACGGUGGCAGAGAUAAAACGUCGCCGCUAAAGAGAUUUUCCCUUAACGCUUAAACACAACAGAGAGAAAAGUAAAUUGCGGUUUUUCGUUUUGCACGCCUGAAGAAUAGCAGACAUUUUUUCCAAGUGCCUUUUUUUUGUUUAAAACCGCGGCCAAAACUCCCGGGAGCUGCUGUUUGUAGAGCGAGUGGCCGCUGUAGGAUUAGUCGUGUAUCUGUUGCCGCCUCAGGGUCACUGAGCCUGGGGCCGCUGCCUGAGAUCACAGCGAGCCGCGUAUGCAAACAACGUUCUGUCAGCUCCUGGCUCGAUUUUUUUUCUCUCUCCCUUAACCCAGAGUCAGCUGGUAUUCAAUUAACUUCUCCUCCAGUCCCGUGGCAGCAGGGCCAGGAUCUCUGAAUGAGCUGAAAGGUAUAUCAGAGUCGGCGCAUUGACGACUCCGAAGAAAGUUAGGUCUGCAUCAGAGUUACAUUUCACUGUUGGUCACUAGACACAGCACUUAGAUGUAGCUGUAUCCCUGAACUUACACAUUCCACACAUUACAAUUGACGUAUUAAUAUUGGACGAAAUUUAACAAAAUGUUGAUCAUGAAAUUUAAUUUACAGUAUUACAAGCACUUUUUAUAUUAAAACGUCCCUUUUGCGUUUUUGCCUUUCAGAAAUAAGCCAAGAAAAACAACACUAUCUUAGUAAAGUCUGUAAAUUACCUAAUAAUAAUUUUAUUCAAGCUGUCUCUAAGCGUCACGAGAGAGUACCACCACAUUCCCUCACAUGCUGGCACUUCUAGUGAUUUUAACCAAACGCCUUACAUGUCGUUAAAAAACUGUUUUGUUUUUGUUAUAACGUGGCUAGUAUCUGGACUCCCGUUCUGAGGAAGGGUCACUGGACCCUGAUUUCCGCUGCCAGGCCUGCUGAACUUUUCCAGCAAUUUCUGUUUUUGUAUCUGGACUCCCCAGUUUAGCGCAUGAAUGGAUGAAUGCACUCAAACACCUUCGGGCGCCUGUGAAAUCUCCUCAGUCUUUAACCCCCCUGGAGUAGCUUUCAGAGUUCGGCCAAAACGCUAGCCCAGCGAAAGCAGUAUGUUCACUGGAAUACACUCACAGUUCAGGCCAAUCGAUGGUUUGUAACGGCGGAUGUAGCUACUGGCGAGGGUUAAAUUCUAAAGAGGAAAAAUAAACUAUAUAAUAGCAGCACAUCACAAUGCAUCCGAUCAGCCGUCUUAGCCCCGAUUCCAGGAGAUUUUUGCUUGUGGAAAUAGGUAUUUGCGAAUUCCAUUGACGGGUCCAACAAAACUGCAUUCGAAAAAAUAGUUACCUCAAUUUAAAAAAAGGCCAUUCGCAAAAUUUGUCGUUUUGCCGCAGUCAUUAACAUAUAGGGUGACUUUUUCUCACUAGCCACUUUGGCUCUCCCUCUGUUUUGGGAUAUUACACAGCAUCGCUGUCGUUAUUUUUUCAUUUAAGCUCUUGUACUCACAACGCGAAGUGAAUUAAAUGUGUUAAAAUGAUUCCGGUUAAUGCUUACACCCCAUCGAAGUGGGGCGGAUGCCUUUAUGCUUGUUUUUCUGUAAAACCCCUGUCUCCCUGAAUCAGUCCCGAACGAACCUGUGCAAACGUGUUGUGAUUGUAACUGCCUGAUGUGUUGUGAAGAGCCGCGAUUUUGUUUAUUUAUUUUAAGAUGUUUUUUUUGUCUUUACUUUUGUUCGACGUUGUAAUAAAAAUGUUGCAGCGUUGCCUCGGCCUCUCUUAAGGAAAUGAAUGUGAGAUGAGCAGAAGAAAGGGGAAGGUCAGAGGGCGACGGCAGAUGUGUGUUUCAGCAUUUGGAAAACUUGUGUGCUCAUCGAUGCUGACCUGGUCUGCCGAGAGUGUCCCACAGAAGGAGGAUUGUGAGGAACUGGCAUGCCAGCGGGUUUCCCUCCGCUUGUCCUAUUGCAAUAACAUAAAUAAAGAGGCAACUGGAGUGACACUGUUUUCUUCCACGUUCUUGCAAAUCGCCCAGCUCCACUCUUCUGCUCACCGUGAAGCUAAUUUCUACAUGCAUGGAAUUUCUGUUUCGUUCGAAGAUUCCAGCCAGUGCUGUACCGGCGGGCUUGUCUUAUACAUCCAGACCUGGGCGGUACGUUACCGACUGUUAAACUGGACAAUUACGUUUCUGUACCCCUUUGUUCUGUGGGAAUAAUGUGGAAAGGCGAUGGGGGAAAAUCGAAUCUCUUAGGAUUUAACAUUUCUGUUGUAAAGCCGGUUUAUUUUUGGAUUUGACUACAUCAUUGACUUUCGUCCACUUAUUACAAACGAUGCUUUUUAUUUUCUUUUAAUUUUUAAAAUAUAUAUUCGUUGUGUCAUUUUGUUUGUAAU